AUGGGGACCAUAAUCAAUGCUUCCAACAUACUAGAAGUGGAUCUCAUUUUCCCCCGCAACGAAACAUAUGCUCCCGCAGAACUGUUCCCUAUCAUUUUUGCUAUUCAGAAUCCCGAGCGCGCUCGAUAUCUGACGCCGGAACUUACUUAUGUGCACGGCUUCGAGAGCGAUCCUGAGACCGCGUAUAUGAUAAGCAACUAUUCUACUCGGUCUACCUCGUUCACUCUUCAAAGCUCGGCCCCUAAAGUGGAUCUUGUUGCUGGGACGGCCAAGGAAACGUGCCCUACAGAAUACGGCAUAACAAUCAAUGUGACGGAUAAACUCAUGCAAGUCCCCUUGGAGGUAUCGUGGACUUGGGGUAGUUACACAAAUAAUACCUGCGCGGUCGUGGCUUCAUCCGGCCCAACUCCCACUUCGGAUCCUUGCCGAGUCAAUAUUGACAAGACCAUUGCCGCAAGCAUGGAAGCCUCUUUGCAUACCAGCCUUUGCAAUAGUUUGGAUCCCCCAUCCUAUUGCGUGGACGAUAAGGAGAGCGCUGCACAGCAAGUAGCUGUCGCUGGCAUAUCAUGCUUGCUUGCUGCGAUCGGGGCUUUCUGGUUCUUUCUGGUGUGA